AUGACAAAUAGACAUUUAAUUUUCUUUAACUUAAAUAAAAAGGUAACAGAUAACUCAUAUCGAUCAGAUUAAAUAUUAAAGACUUCUGUUUCUGAAUCAGAUAAAACACCUAAAGACUAAAUCAUAAAAUAAUUUGUUGAAUAAUCUAAGCAAAGAUUAUGUAAGAAGAUAUAUCAAAUUUUAUAGAAACAACAUAAUUUUUAGAGAGACGUAAUAAAUCUAAUUCAAAUGCUUUAAAAUCAAUUUUAUAAGCUUAAUAACAAUGUGAGUUUAUUAAAUUCUAAAGUCCAAAGUCUAAUAAAUAUAAUUAAACUAUAUUCUAAAAACUUCUUAAUUCUUAGGAUAAUGUAUCUAAAAGACAUCAAAUUUUAGAAAUUGAAAGAAAUUUCACAUAAUGCAUAAAUAAUGAAAAUAGAAAUGAAUUUUUAUAAAAAAUGGAAAGUUUUUUAAAAGAUCUUUUAUUUGAAGAAUUUAGAGAAUUAUCUUUCUUAUUUAGUUCAUUUGUUAAAGAAAUGUAAUUUAAUCUGGCGGAAUAAUAAACUUAAUUAGUAAUUUAAAAAAAACAAUAAGAAAAAAUGAAUUUGGAGACAAUUUCUUUAUAAAAAUAGUAAUUUUAAGAAAAGAUAAAAUAGUUAGAAUAGUUUAUAAGUUCAAAAGAUAGUAAAAUAAAUGAAAUAAAGGAAAAUAAUUAAAAAUUGGAGAAAGAUAUUACAGAUAUGAUUAGUAAGAAUAGUGCAUUAAUAUAAAAAGUAGAAUAAAGAAACAAAAUAAUUAAUAAAAAUGAUAAAAUAAUAAAAUAGCAAGAAUCAGAGAUUUAAAUAUUAAGAUAAAAGAUCUAAUUUUAUGAGAAUAAAUUACAUUAAAGUUAUGAAACAAUAUCUUAAUUAAAUCUAAUAUAGAAUAAUUAAUCAAAUAGAUAAUCAAAUAAUUAAUUAAAUCGAUAACCAACAAAUUAAUUUAAAUGUGAAUCAAUUAAAUAAUUUAAUCGAUAGUAAACUUCUUAAUUAAAUCGUCAAUAGACUUUACAAUUUACUCGACAAUAAACUAUUUAGACUAAUUCUCCAAAAAUAUAAGAUCCUGAAGACAAAAACUAUAGUCCAUUAAGUAAUUCUUAAGAUGAAAUUUUAUAAUAAGAAGAGGAACAAUUAAAUUAAUUAGAAAUUAAUUUUGAAAGAAUAAUAAAACAGGCCUAAAAAGAACAAUAGAUAGAAUUUGAUUUACUUUAAUAUUAUACAAAGGAAAUUGAAAUUUAAACAGAUUUAACUUUAAUUGAUUCUUAAUUUGAUAUAAUUUAGUAAUCUAAUAUAAAUAAUGCAGUUAAAUAUACAGAAUUUAUUGAAAAAGUGGGUAGAAAAGGAUCAGAAGAUAGUCUGAUAGAGUAAAUAAUUGAUGAUACAUAUGAUUAAUUGGAAAUUGUUUAAAAUCGUAAAGGAAUGGAAAUGAAUAAAUCUUAAUAUUCAAUGAUAAAAUCAGGAUUUUCAUAAAAUGGAUAAAAUAUCUAAUAAUAAUAAUAAUAAUAAUAAUAAUAAUAAUAAUAAUAAUAAUAAUAAUAAUAAUAAUAAUAAAUACCUAUUUUAACUAGAUGUGAUUCAAAUAUUAUAAAUAAUUAAUUACUUUUAAAGAAGGACUCUAAAUCAAAGUAAGUUUUAACUUUUAUUUCAUUUUUGAAGGCUCGACUAUAAUAGUAAGAAUAGGAUUUACAUUAAUUUAGUGAUUAGAUCUUUUAAUUUGAAUAAAAUGCAUUGAAUUCAAAUUAACAAAUAGAUGAAUUAUAAAAAGAAAAUGAACGUUUGUAAAUUUAAUUAGCACAAUUAAAUACAAAAAUUUAAUUAUCUCAAUUAUCUCAAUAAUCUCAAAGCUUAUCAGAAUUUAAAUAAUAAGAAGAUGAUGUACAUUAAUCAUAAGAAUCAGUUGUUAUUAAUGGUCAAAAACGAUUAUCUGUUUUAGUAAAGUAAGGAACUUUUAAAGAUACAAAAAAAUAGAGAAAGGCCCCAUAAUUAGGUUAAAAAGUUGUAAUUUCUUAUGAUUUUUAAAAAGAUCAAUCAAAAAAUAUUAUAGAAAAAUUAAAAAAUAAAUAGAUGUAAAAGUUUAACAAUUAUAUGCCAGUUAAAUUAGUAUUAAAAUAUAUAACAACUUUGUAUAAUGAAAAAUUAUAGAAUUAGAAGGAGUAAAAAUAAGUGAAAGAUUAGGAUAUGGGUUCAUAUAUAUAUAAUUAUUAUUUAUAAUAAUUUGGAUUUACCAAAGUAACAGAAUAAAAAUUUUAAGUUUUAGUAUUAUCAGUUAAAAAGAAUAUAAAGAUAGUAAGAAUAAAUAUAUUUGCUAAAUUUAUGGGUCUUUUGGAACAGAAUGUAAAUUAUACAGUAGAAGAAUAAUAGAAAUAUUUGGAGGCUUGGGAUUUUAUGAAUAGUUAAUAGAAUUUAGGAUAAAGUCUGAAAGAUAAUGAAUCUGAGAUGAAGAUGUAUGUACCUUUUGUAAGAGCUUUGUCAUAUAUUGGUUAAUUAAUGUUCAGUCCAUAAAAUGAUGAAUUAAUUUAAUUAAAGCAUGAUAUAGAAUAAUUGAAGGAAAAUGAUCCAAAAAAUGUUAAUAAGUAAGGUAUUAUAGAUUUUGAUUUAAUGAUGAUAAAAGUAUUACAAGUAUUUAGAAAUACUGUUGAAAAAACUAAACUAUAUGUUAUUAAUGCCUUUGCAGCAAGUGAUUUAGAUGGAAAUGGAAUGUGUAAUUUGGAAGAAUUUUUAAUUUUAAAUAAAUAUAUAGAACCUGAUAAGUAUGAUGAGGAUAAAUGGAUAGAUAUAUUUGAAGAUAAUGCAGAUAUACUAACUGACGAGGAAAGAGCAUUAUCUUUUGAAAGAUUUUCCAUUUUAUGCAUGGAAUACAAUUUAUUUAGUGAUCAAGCAUAAAAUAAAUUUUUAUAAAUUAAAAGUUAAAAUUAAUUCAUUAUAUUUAGAUAAUAGCGAUUGUUAAAUCAAAUUUGGAUAACUUAGAGAUUAAUGGUCAAAAGAUUACGUUCAUUUCAAUUAGAGAUUGUAGAAUGCUUAAAUUGAUGAACAUUAUAAGGAAUAAUGGCAGAAAAUUUUGGAAGUCUUGAACUAAAAAAUUUUGGAAGACCCUGAAGAAAAGAAACCUCUUUUAAUUGCUUACAAAAUCUUUCUAAAUGAAAGUAAGGUAAAUAAGGCAUCAUGA